AAGUUGUUCUAAGCUAUAUAAAGGGCUUUGGACUUAUCUUGUCCCAUUUUGUGAAUUAGCUUUGAGCAGAGUGAGUUGUAACCACAAAAUGCUGGGCAAAAAGAAAACUGUCAAAAUAUCUAAAAAAGUGGCCACAAAGCAGGCCCUCACCAAUCUUUACAUAUGUUUUCGUGUCAUGGGAAUACACGUUACUAAAAACCAUCCUCAUCUUUACAUUAUCUAUGUCAUUGUUAUUCAUAGUUUAACGACAGUAUUUACACCCAUUAGCUUUACCACCAGUUACUUUCGCAAAACCGAUCAGGACUUCAAUGUUGGCGUUUUUCUCACCUCCAUCCAGGCCGUGAUAAAUGUCUAUGGUUGUGCCAUAAAAAUUCUCCUCCUCAUCUAUUAUAAAACAAAAUUGGAAGCUGCCGAAAAACUAAUGGAUAAAAUGGAUCAACAUUGCCGGGCUGAAGACGAAAUCCAAGAGUUGUUCAAUAUUCGUGAUUUGGGAAGGAAAAUUGUGUUGGGCUAUAUCACCGCCUAUUGGACCUAUACAACGAUGACAUACAUUUCAGCAUUGGUAUCGGGUGUACCAUCGUAUUCGAUAAAUUUAUUUUUUCUAGAUUGGAAACGUUCGAAACGGGAAUUUUAUUUGGCUUCAUUUCUGGAAUACGUCCUAGUUACGUGGACAUGUCUCCAGCAGGUGGCCAAUGAUUCGUAUGGCACGAUUUAUGUUUGUAUCUUGCGAGGACAUGUACGUGUUUUGCUGCUAAGAAUACGUAAAAUGGGACGAAAAGUGGAUCAAACAGCUGAUCAGAAUUUGGAAGAGCUGAAAAGUUGCAUCAAAGAUCAUAAGGAUUUGUCGGAGCUCUACAAUAUUAUCUCUCCCGUCAUUUCGCGUACGAUAUUUCUACAAUUUUCCAUAACAGCUGUCAUUUUGGGCAUAACACUGAUAAACAUUGCCGUUUUUGCUGCAACCAUAACCGCAAUGGCCGCCUCAGGGUUUUAUGUCAUUGCCGUAUCGGUGGAGAUAUUCCCUUUGUGUUAUUAUGCCAAUUGUUUGCUGUACGACAGUGACACUUUGGCUACGGAAAUAUUCCACUCGGCAUGGAUUGAUCAGGAUAGGCGUUAUCGUAAACUGUUGAUAUUUUUCAUACAGCGCACUCAGAAGAGCAUGGAAUUGUGGGCUGGAAAAAUAUUUCCCAUUAAUUUGAAUAGUUUUAUAAGUAUUGCCAAAUUUUCCUUUUCGCUCUAUACACUAAUCAAACAAAUGGGCAUUAAGGAGCGUUUGGGUUUAUAAUGGAUGCUGGAAUUUAUUGAAUUAUAUAUAUUAAAUAUUAUAAAAAAAAACAUAUUAGCUCCGUUCCCGUCCUUUUCUGGUAGCAAAA